AAUCGUUUCUGAGAAAAUAUUACCUUUCGACAUUGAUAAGCGAUCAAAAACGAUAAUAUUUUUCGAAUUUAUCCCAUCUUUUGCGUUAAAAGUCAUCAAUAAUGUGGUAAUUGCGAGGUUAUUAGUAACCUCAUCUUGAAUAUUAUAAUGGCACUCCGUAUUACCAUCUCAAAAUGCGUCAAUUCUCGUACUCCUGCUCUGCUGGAAAGCAAACGAUUCUCCAUCAUCGCCAGCGUCUCUUAUAGUAAAGAAGUCGGAGGUUAUAGAAUUAUCGAGAAUACAGAUUUAGCAGCUUUGAAAAGAGGUACCGGGUACCGAUCCAGUUUCAACGGUACCAUUUGUACGGUUUUCGGUUGCACUGGUCUCAUCGGAAGAGGCCUCGUUAAUCGCCUGGGUAGAAAUGGAACCCAAAUCAUCGCAGCGUAUCGUGGCUCUGCCUACGAUGUCACGCCGCUGAAAGUAUGCGCUGAUUUGGGUCAAAUGUAUUUUACACCGUUUCAUUUAAGAGAUGAAGAAUCGAUUAGGACAGCAGUCAGACAUUCGAAUGUUGUGGUCAACUUGAUCGGUCAAGAUUGCGACAGUAUGAAUUUUAAAUUGGAAGAAGUUCAUAUCGAUGGAGCUCGUCGUGUCGCUAGGAUAUGUCGUGAAAUGGGUGUGAAGAAAUUGAUACAUAUUUCUGCGAUGGGAGCAUCGCCUAAUCCGAAGAAAAUAUUGGUGCCUGGAGGUUCUCGUUUUCUCAAAUCAAAAUACGCCGGAGAGCAAGCUGUUCGAGAAGAAUUUCCCGAUGCUAUUAUCGUAAGACCUGCUGACGUUUACGGCGAAUGUGAUCGGUUUCUUUAUUAUUAUUGUCGUAGAGAACGUUAUUUUUUCCGAAAAUUACAUCUUCACGAAGGAGGCGUGAAUACGAUCAAAGCGCCAAUUUCCGUCAAUGAUUUUAACGAAGGAUUAUUCGAACUGGUUACUCGACCCAAAGAACAAGUCAAUGGUAAAACCUAUCAAUUCGUUGGUCCGCAGCAUUACUAUUUGAACGAAUUAGCCGGAUAUAUAAUGGGAAUUUUGCUGAAAUUACCCGAAAGUGGUUACGAAAUUCUUGAUUCUCGACUGAGUCUCUCAUUUCUGGCCUACUUACACAUCAGGAAUACCUUCUAUCUCGUCAAACCUGCUAUAGGCAUGCACCUCGAGAGAUUCGAACGAGAAAAUACAUCCGAUAUUCUGGAUAAAGAUUUACCAACCAUAGCUGAUUUAGGAGUCAAAUUGCAUACUUUGGAUUUAUACAUUAAAGAUUUUACUCGUGCUUAUAGAAAUAUCAGCGACUACGGAGAUGAAGUGUACGAACUUGAUUUCCCAAGCCUUCCUGCUCCGGCACAGGGGGUUUACGCUUAGUUGAUCGUCAAUGUUAAUAUGUAUAUUAAUUUCGUCGUUGAAUGUAUUUAUAAAAUAAAUGCUUCUAUACCAAACAAAA